CCUAAAAACGCUAAAACCACAGACAAACCUUCUGUUCUUCAUAUACAUGUUCCCGGCUCAAUCGGCGGCGCCUACUACUAUAUCUCAUUCUCCCCCUGGUUUGCCUUGCCACCAACUGCCGCUGCCACUGCCACUGCCACUGCCACUGCCGGAGUCCGGACUAUCGAUAUAGUAUAGAUAUAGCGUCAUCUGCUUAGGUCUGAUCGGAAUGGGGAAGCCAAAGAAAGGACCUUCACCUAAAGAGUCGGGUACACCACCUAAAAGAAGCUGUAAAGUAUGUGAGAAAGCAGUAUCCAAAUACAAGUGUCCUUCCUGUCUCAUUCCCUAUUGUUCUCUCGUCUGUUUUAAGAAACACAAAGAAACUCCAUGUGUUAAACAAGUUCCUGCUCCUGAGACCGAUACAAGCACAAGUACUUCACCAAUGGAUGUGGAUAGACCAUGUUAUGUUGAUGUUGAUGAUGAUGUUUUACCACAAUCCCAACUAGAGUGCAUAGCUUCUUGUACUGAAAUCCGUGAUGCUCUGAAAGAUGAAGAUCUGCAGAAACUCAUACGCAACAUAGAUUGUUCUGCAGACGCUCGAACUGAACUUGAUAAAGCAAUGGAACAAGAAAUGUUUCGCCUGUUCACUGAAAAGAUUUUGUCAAUGGUAAAUCAAUCUGGGGAUCAACGGUUAUAGGUUUAUGAAUUUACCUUGAUAAGGAACUUUGACUCGUUAGCUUAAACAUGUUGGUUUAUGUAAUCUUUUUUUGGUCUUGUAGUUUUAACCAAUCAUAUAAUAUUUUUGGUAGCAAUUAUAAGUUAUUUUGUUUAAUUUAU